CCGCGGGGCCGGCGGCCGCUCCGCCCCGGAAAGGUCCCUCUGAGGCAGCGGUGCGGCGCAUCCCGGUCCCGCGAAGAUGGUGCGGAAACUGAAGUACCACGAGCAGAAGCUGCUGCGGCAGCUGGACCUGGUGAACUGGGAGGCGUCGGGCGGGAACUUGGCGGAGGUGCGGGCGCUGCGGCGGUACCGAGUGGGCCGGCGGGAGGACUACGUGCAGUACAAGGCGCUGGCCCGGGCCGUGCGCAACCUGGCCCGGAAGCUCCGUGACCUGGGCCCGGCCAGCGCCGCCUUCCGCGCCCGCUGCGCCGCCGCGCUGCUGGAGAAGCUGCACGGGCUGGGGCUGGUGAAGAGCCGACAGUCGCUGGCCGUCUGCGAGAGCCUCUCGGCCGCCGCCUUCUGCCGCCGGCGCCUGCCCUGCCUGCUGGUGAAGCUGCGCAUGGCGCAGAACCUGCGCCACGCCGUCACCUUCGUGGAGCAGGGGCACGUCCGCGUGGGACCCGAGGUGGUGACUGACCCCGCGCUCCUCGUGCCCCGCGCCGUCGAGGACUUCAUCACCUGGGUGGACGCGUCACGCCUGCGGCAGAAGGUACUCGACUACAACCAGGAGCGCGACGACUUCGACCUGGCUGCCUAGGGCUGCUGCCCUGCCUCACAGGACACGCACACCGAUAAGAUCACGGCGGUGCCACCACGGGAUAUUCACACAGAAGGAAACUCUGCUUCCAGUGUCGUAUUGACCUGCUCCUGGCUCCCUUUUGCAGCUAAUGGUUCCAUUCAUCCAUGCAGAGGAACUACCUUUACACAUCCACUGCUUUGAGAAUACAUCCAGUGGCCCAGCUCCAUCAUCAUCCCUGGCAUUCCCAGCUUCACUGUCAGCCCAGCAGCUCAGCUCCAUCACCAUCCUCAACAUGCCCACCUCCAUCGUCAUUCCUGGCAUGCUGUCCUGGUUUAGGGCAAAUUUUCCUUCUCCCCGACUUUGCUCUCAGAUCUAGUUUUAAAGAUGCAGAACUUAUUUCUGGGCUAAAGAGACAGAUGGGGAUACCAGCAUGAUAAAGUCACCCCAGGACACACGCUCAGCUCCAUCAUCAUCCCCAGCAUGCCCAGCUCCCUCAUCCUUAAAAGUGCAUCUCCAUCAUCCUUACAUCCCAUUAAGCAAAAGUGCUUGGAAAAGUUUCUGCACAGUCGCAGGAGAGGAUUUAGGUCAGACUUGAGUGCUUGGCAGCUUAAUAGCAGCUGCUGGAAGGGGUUUUAAGCCAAGCCAAGUGGCUGUUUUAAGACUGAGUUUAGCUGCUUCGCUGCUUUUUUUCCAAGAGGUUGUCCUGGUUCCUCCUUCAGCUGUUGAAUGCACAUGAAUCAGAGUCACUUCUGGAAGGGUUUUCCCUUGAUAUCAAGGAACAAGGAGGGAAUGCGGGGAUUUCUGAGGGUCAGCAGUAAACAAGAAAGGCCAAAUACCGUGUUUCUGGAACUGUUAAAAGUUUUAGUCAAAAACGGAAUUAAAAACAAAAAACUUUUUUGUCAUGUGAAGUUAGAAAGGGAAGUUUGAUGUUUUGAGUUGUGUCUUUCUUGUGUGGGGUUCCAGAUGACCACUAGGCAUCAUAUACGGACCAGGAUCUAACUGGGGAGGUGUUGGAGCAAAAGCUGAUCUAACCAUAACUGCAGAUUUGGGAGAACUUUUGCAUUUAGCAUAUUAGCCAAGGGCCGUUGGGAACUUUGUUCUCUUUUGAUAAAAAAAGCAGUAAGAUAAAAAUAAAACUGUUGGGUUUUUUUAGUUCAUGAAGAAAUGUGUGGACUGCUUUAUGAUAUAAUUUCUCUGAGUUUGUUCUGAUUUUUAAGCCCUGUUUGCCACCUUUCAGAACUUUUUGUAAUUUAAGUUUUUAUGUAACUUACGUAAGUCUGGUUUUAUUUUAUUAGCUAGAAGGCUAUUAUUGAGUUGUAACAUGUUUAUCCUAGGAAUGCUCUCUUUUCCUUACCCAGGGCUAUGAAAGGAUUUGGCAGUAGGUUUAGGAGCAGAGCUGUGACUGUCCAUUCCAAAGCCAAAGAGCUGGAGUGCAAAGCUGUCCAAAGCUCUGGAUGUGGAUGCCUUAGUGUGGCUUUUUUGAACAGAAAAAGUGUUCCGGUGAGGUAUGUUUUGGAGGUAUUGCAUGCCCACAAUCUGUCACCAAAUACUAUGUCAUGUUUUUAUAAGGCAAACAGAAUGUUUACAUUUCUUCCCAAUCUCAUAAGCCAGCUGUAUUAAGCAGAAGAAUUACUAAAGCAAUAAUAGAUAUUAAGAAAAGGACACUAAACAGGUGGAUAAACCGUUUGCCUACUACUGCUGUUUGUACUUGAAUUUAUUUCAGUAAUCAUAACCUCAACAACAUA